GUACAACAGGGCCAAAAUGAAUACACCAUUAGAAACAAGUUGGUCGCGCCAGGACACCCAUUGGGCUCCUUUGAACACAUGGAAUCAGCUCGCCCCUCGAAGUUAUAACCGAUUUCUACUGUGUUUUGAAAUUCCCAAUGAAAGACAUGCAGCUGCAAUCAGCCACCUUGAAUCUUGCGCUGUAAAACUUGGGGGGACUCGUCCUGUGCUUAACUCACUUCUCAAGGUCAACACUCCUACUGCACAUAUAAAGAUAAUAGGCCAACCAAAGAUCCCAGUCCAGGUAUACGACAUCAAUAAAACUUUUGGCAAGACAUAUACACAGCUCAAGGAAGCCGGGUUUCCUGCUUCAGCUUUUAUAGCGCCAAUAUUUGAGGUCCCGAGAGGAGAUGUCACUCACGCCCUGAUCCUACGCAUCUACACCAUUGACGGUGGUUUGCUUUUGGGGAUCCACCUCCAUCACGCCCUAGGGGAUGGAAAAGCUGUUGAUGAUGUUAUUAGUUGGCUCUCUGCAGUGAGCCGGAAAGAAAUGUAUGAUGGGAGAUCGGCCAUCCUCCCUAGCCCCUUUAAUGAGAACGAUCAUCCAUCUGAUUUAAUUGACGAUGAAAAACUGCUUAACUCGGAGUAUAUCCGCCAGCUAUUCCCAGAGAGAACUCUCCUGACAUCCCCAUUCUCUCAGAAUGAAGAGUCAAUCGGCAAUAUCUUCGUGUUCAAGAUCGCUACUUUGAACACGAUCAGAAGCCAGAUGUGUCAAUCUGAGAAUGCAGGGCAACCCAGUAUAUCCGUUAUUCUGAUUGCUUUGCUAUGGGCACACGUUGUGAAGGCACGCAUGGAUACCGGAAAGCUAAGCAAUACAAGGGAAUAUUUAAGACUCUUCACCUUAGUAGAUGUCCGGAAACGCGUGUUCAGCACAGACGAAGCAGAUCGCUACUUCGGAAACGCAGUUGAGGCUGCCCUCACAACUCUUACCACAGCCGAUCUACUGAAGGUAUGUGGAAGAACAACCGUGGACACAGAUUUCGGAAUACUUGCGAAACUUGUCGAACCCAUCUGCCGCAGUGUACAGGCCUCGAUCCGAGAAGUAGAUGCGAAUUUCGUACGCAAGCGAUACACGGUAUUCUCUCGUCUCCAGGACCCACGGAGGCUUGUGUUUGAUUACUUCCCCAACGAUGCCGGGUGCUUCAUGCUUAAUUCUUGGCGGUAUGUCGGUUUAAACGCCGAGCAGAAGUGGAGCUUUCCGGGUGUCUCUGGCGUGGAAUAUCCCGACGCCAUUCGGAGAGCGAGCGGGGAGUGGAACCUUCCGGCAGCGGUUAUUUUGCCAGCGCGACCAGAUUCCGGGGAGGUCGAGGUUAUGGUCACCACAGAGGCUUGUGCUAUGGCCAUGCUUUUAAAAGAUGAGGGGUUGAUGAGGUUGGUGACUCGAGUUCUUGGUUAGAAGAUUCAGUCGCGAUUAUGAUUCACCAGUUUAUGAGAUAGAAUCCAACGGAAGGAAGAAGGCAGCGAACAAAGCCAGAUUAUUAUGACAGAAAAAAAUCAUACUAGUCUUAUGAAUUGAGCGAGCUUAGACAUAAGUAAAAGUAUCACUGUUAUUGGUACUACUAUCACACACUGAAGUACCAAGCAAUGCAUUUGAGAGGUCUGUGCGUGUAAACUAGGGGUCUUUCAUCCCACCAUUUCUGGUUAUAUCUUUUCUUGAAGCAUUGAUGGCAAUACGUAG